CUCUCUCUCUCUUUUUUUUGUGUGUGUGUUAUUAUUCUUUUUCUUGUUGUUUGUUGCUGCUGUGAUGCGAUUGUGCCAUCGUGUGCGGUUUGGCGCUGGGCUCGCUGCGUUGUUCUCCAGUCGCACGAGGCACUCCAUCCAUCUCGACCACUGCCGCCACCGCCGCCCGUUCCGCAUCCACAUCCAGUCACUCUCAUCACUGCGCUCCACUUUGCCGCAUCCGCAUCCGCAUCCGCUUCAGAAUCCGAAUCCGAAUCCGAAUCCGGUCGUGUCGGCCUUCGUCGUCAUCAGUCGUCCUUUCUCCAGCACGAGUCCGUCGUCGUUGCCUUCCCUCCUCCGUGUCUCGCGCUUUGCCUCUGCUGCCAUGCUGCCAAGCAACCCAACUGCCUCGGCCUCGGCCUCGCUCUCGACCGCCACUCCUCCUCCACCAGCAGCAGCCGCGCAUCCAUCAGCCGCAACAAACACAAACACUCCCGCCAUGCACGCUUCGACGAUGGCCGCCACUGCCGCUGCCACCAGUGAUCCUGAACCGACGAGCGACGAUGCAAACGCAGUUGCUGCCGCCGCUGUGAUUGCCGCCGCCGCCGCUGCUGCUACUGCCGCUGCUGCAACUGGACAAGCCGCCGUUCAUCAAGCCGUGGCGAACAUGCGCCUCAACUACACUUACGGCGAGCUGAACGAAGAGGAUUUGGCAUCGCAACCGAUUGACCAGUUUGAUCGAUGGUUUCGCGAGGCUGUUGCUGCAAACGUGCACGAGCCAAACGGCAUGACCCUUGCCACAGUGUCAGCGACCGGUCGCCCCUCUUCGCGAGUCGUCCUGCUGAAGGGUUACGGCGUGGACGGGUUUCAAUUCUUUACCAACCACGGCAGCCACAAGGGCUCCGACAUGGUCCAGAACAAGCAUGUGGCAUUGUCCUUCUGGUGGGGCCCGAUGGAUCGCCAGGUUCGCAUUGAAGGCGUCGUUGAGCGCUUGUCGGAAGAAGAGUCUACGGCCUAUUUCCAAUCACGUCCACGAGGCAGUCAAAUUGGCGCCCACGCCAGCCUGCAAAGCCAGGUCAUUCCUGACCGCAAGGCACUCGAACUUCGCACAGAAGCAGCGGCUGGGCGUUUCAAGGACGCGGAAGUCAUCGAAAAGCCCGCGAAUUGGGGUGGAUAUCUCGUGCGCCCCACCGUGAUUGAAUUUUGGCAGGGUCGUCCUUCGCGAUUGCACGACCGAUUGCGAUAUCGUCUCCUUCCGGGACUGACUGCCGACGGGCUGCAGAGCUGGCAAGUGGAGCGUCUUUGCCCUUAAGGGUUCGAGGGGUGAUGAACUUGGGGUUUUUGUUUGUUUUUAGAUUCUUGACCAAAAUGAAAAUGCCAGAAUUACAAUUUGAUUUUUUUCAUUGUUC